AUGUCGCCUAGUCACCAGAGUCAUUUCAAACUACUCCAAAAGUUCAAUCCCGAAUAUUCGCCGAGCGAGUUUGUUCAGUAUGAAUCCGAGAGAACUGGCAUGCGGGUCGUGGUCAUUGACCAGAAGGGCCCCAAGGUAACGGGUUACUUCGUCCUGGCUACCGAAAUUGCCGACGACUCGGGAGCCCCUCAUACUCUGGAGCAUCUCUGUUUCAUGGGAUCUCGCAACUACAGAUACAAGGGGUUUCUUGACAAGCUCGCGACGCGAGUCUACUCGAACACCAAUGCGUGGACGGCGACCGACCACACAGCGUAUAUCCUGGACACCGCCGGCUGGGAAGGAUUUGCGCAAAUCCUGCCCGUCUACCUGGAGCAUGUCAUCGCUCCGACCUUGACCGACGAAGGCUGCUAUACCGAGGUGCACCACAUUGAUGGCACCGGAAACGAUGCGGGAGUUGUGUACUCGGAGAUGCAGGGUGUGCAGAAUAACUCCGCAGAGCUCAUUGAUCUGACUGCUCGACGGUUGACUUACCCUGAGGGUGUGGGAUUCCGCUACGAAACCGGCGGUAUGAUGGAGCAGCUUCGCGUCCUCACCGCAGAGAGGAUUCGAGCCUUCCAUCGAGAGAUGUACCAACCCAAAAACCUGUGCCUGAUUAUCACGGGUGAAGUAGACCACGAGAAUAUGCUGCAGACACUAGACAAAUUCGAGGACACCAUCCUUGAUGUCAUCCCUAGUCCCGACUCGCCCUUCAAGCGCCCUUGGGUCGACUCCAAGCAGGCUCCCCCGCUUGAGAAGUCCAUUGUGCAGACUGUAGAAUUCCCCGAGGAAGAUGAAUCUUUUGGUGAAAUAGAGAUCAGAUUCCUGGGACCGGACUGCACAGACCCUAUUCAAACUGGGGCACUCAAUGUUGCUUUGCUGUACCUGGCUGGAUCGUCGGCUUCUCUCUUGGAUAACAUCCUCGUGGAAAAGGAGCAACUCGCCAGCGCUGUCUACUACACCACCGAAGAUCACCCUAGCCUAGAGAUUCGUUUCACCCUCACUAGUGUGGAGACGGAUAAGCUUGCUCAGGUGGAGAAGCGCUUUUUCGAGGUGUUGAACGAUGCGAUGCAGAAGGAGCUUGACAUGAGAUACCUCCAGGAGUGCAUUGAGCGGCAGAGGCGUACUUGGAAGUUCUCCACGGAAAGCUCUGCCUCUCAGUUUGCAGAAUAUGUCAUCUCUGACUUCCUGUUCGGAAAGCGAGAUGGUUCGACUCUGCUCGAUGUAGCCACCUUGAAGGAGUACGAUGUGCUGGAGAAGUGGACUGAGGUCGAAUGGCGCACCUUCAUCAAGAAGUGGAUUUCCGAUGCGACUCAUGUCACCAUCCUUGGCGUACCGUCGUUGAAGAUGUCUGACACGCUGAAAAAGGAAGAGGAGACUCGAGUGGCGGAGCAGAAAAAGCGACUUGGGGAGAAGGGAUUGGCGGAGCUGGCCGACAAGCUUGAGAAAGCCAAGGCCGAGAAUGACAAGGAGAUCCCCAAGGAAAUGUUGGAGAAUUUCAAGAUCCCUGGGAUCGAGUCGAUCCAUUUUGUGGAGACCACCACGGCUCGUUCAGGCACUGCCUUGCAAGCCGGACACCCGGAGCACAAGGUUCAGAAGCUUGUGGACGCUGACGGCUCUGACAUGCCCCUGUUCAUCCACUUCGAGCACAUUCCCAGUAGCUUCGUCCAGCUCUCUCUUCUGAUCUCGGCGCAGUCUGUGCCGGUCCAACUUCGACCUCUCUUGUCCAUCUAUACGGAAGCCUUCUUCAACCUUCCAGUCCAACGUGAUGGCAAGACCAUCAACUUCGAACAGGUCGUUGUUGAGUUGGAGAGAGACACCGUGGGCUAUUCCAUGGAGGGGGCCAGAAGCCUGGGCAACUCGGAAAUGCUCCGCAUUUCCUUCCAGGUCGAGUUGGAGAAAUACAGCACGGCAAUUGCCUGGCUCCAGGAGCUUUCGUGGAGCUCUAUCUUCGACGUGGAGCGACUUCGCGCCAUCACCAGUCGUCUCCUAUCCGAUGUCCCCGAUUCCAAGCGUUCCGGCGACGACAUGCUUGCGGCCGUGCACGUCAUGGUCCACUACGCGCCUGAGUCGAUUGUACGGGCUCGCAGCACCUUGGUGAAGGCACGUUACCUCAAGCGCAUCAAGCGUCAGUUGGCCGAAGAACCGGAGACGGUUGUCGCACGCAUGGAGGAGAUUCGAAAUGCUCUCUUCAAGUUCGAGAACAUGAGGGUCGUGAUCAUUGCCGACCUCGAGAAGCUCCAGAACCCAGUGUCGGCCUGGAAAUCGUUCGUUGAUCGACUAGGUGCUCAUGUUCCACUGCAGCCCAUCACCUCCCGCAGACCCCUGCUGAGUGAGACCGGCCAGAAGCUGGGCGGACAGUCGUUCGUUGUCCCCAUGCCCACGAUCGACUCCUCCUUUGCCUACGCUACGGCUCGGGGUCUCGACUCGUACGAUGACCCGAGGCUCCCCGCGCUGCUGGUGGCAAUUGCCUACAUGAACGCGGUCGAGGGUCCUCUGUGGGUGGCGGUUCGCGGUACGGGUCUGGCAUACGGUACCAACUUCGCCUACAACAUCGACACCGGCUUCGUUAACUUCGACGUGUACCGAUCGCCCAAUGCGCACAAGGCAUUUGAGUCGAGCAAGCAGAUCGUCAAGGACCACCUCUCCGGCGCCCAGCCGUUCGACCCCUUGAUGCUGGAGGGCGCGAUCAGCAGCAUCGUGGUCAGCUUUGCCAAUGAGCAGGCGACCAUCGCCGGUGCAGCCCAGGGCAGUUUCAUUCGCCAGGUCAUCCGCAAGCUCCCGACUGACUACAAGGAGAAGAUGCUGAAGCAAGUGCGGGACAUCGGCGUCGAAGAUAUCAAGAAGGCUCUGCAGGACAUCAUUCUGCCGGUGUUCGCCCCGGCCACGGCCAACAUCGUGAUCACCUGUACGACCAUGCUUGAGACGACCAUCAAGGAAGCCCUCGAAGCCUCUGGAUUCACUCCCAAGGUGCAAGCGCUCAAGGAAUUCGAGGACGACUACGGGUUGAAGGUUGGCGACGACCACGAAGAGUCCGACGACGACGAUGACGAAUAUGAAACCGGAUCCGAAGAGGAUGACAAUGACGAUGAUUCCGAAGAUGAUGAGUGA